GUUGCAACUUUACACGCUGUCAUUUUUUGUAGGAUGACUGGGAGAAGAAAUUACAUAGUGAUAUCAAUUGCAUUUAUAAUGCUAUGGAAUCUGAGGAUAUCUACCUGUUCAUGGGCAUGUAAUGUGAGCUUGUUGUCAAAUGUUCAAACCUAAAUUUUUCAAAAUAUCAGAGAAAGGAUUACUUGAAACCAUUCUAGGACUCCAAACUGUCCUUUAAACUUUUGCAUUCUUCAUAGAUGAAUUAUUACUCUUGCAGGCACAAUGAGUAAAACGGCUUUUAUUCAUAAUUGAGCACAUAUUAGGGCCUAACCAAGUGUUACAUAUAGGAAGAAAGGGUUCAUGAAGUACUUUUGCUGUAAAAAUAAUAAUAAUGUUUUAAUAAGUGGUUAAAUGAAGGCAGCUGGAAUUUAAUUAAAGAUUUUUUUUUUUUCUGAAGAUAGAAGAUAGUUUGUUAGGAAGAAGCAAAUGGUGGGAACAGUAAGUUCUUUACAGGAAUACCUGUAUGUAUUACAGAUUAGUUUGUGUAGAAAGAUUCUUUCAAGAAUCAAUAAGUAUUAUCUUAUUUCUUUCAAUUUCUUCUCUCUCUGUCUGCUUCUUCCUCGUUCCUCUUCCCUUCUUUCUCUAUUUAUCUGAAGUUUCUGAUCUUUCUAGAAUGGAGAAUUCUGUUCCUCAACAGUUGGUAUGAAGCUUAUUUUUUUGGGUAAUGUUUCAAAUCUACUCAAGUGAAGUUGCAAUUAUGGCUUGGUGCAUGGCAGGCCCUUAAUUCUAUGUUCUUUUUUCUUGAAAUUGCAGUUUUCUCUAUUCUUCUUCUUCUUCUUCUUCUUCUGUUCUACCUUCUUCCUUCUCUCACAAAAAAUUUCUUCCAUUCUUCCAUCUAAUUCUUUUUUCCUCUUUUCCUGAAAUUUCCUCUCCCUAUCUUCCUUCUAUUUCUCUUCCCUUUUCCCUGUUCAGGUUUCUUUUGUUCUUCACUUCUUCUUCCUUUCUUGGAAUCUUCUUCCUAAUUUUUAUUGUUUCUUGAAGUUCUAGAAAUUAUUGAAAUUCCAGAUUAUGCUGAAACCCUGUUCUUGAAGUUCUUGAAAUUCUAGAUUUGAGUAACAAUCAUAAGAUUCUUUUAUCAGCUGGUUUUCUUUCACUAUUUCCUUCCUCAAAUUUUCUUUCUCAGUUUCCUUUGGGAACAAAAUGCACCCAGACAUCAGACCAUGGAAUUACAACCUUGGCAACAGAACAAAUUGCAAGUCUUUUUGAACAUUUUGAGAGAGGCAUUCAAAGGCCAAAAAGAGCUGCUGGAAAAAAUAGAGCAGAGAUUGGAAAAUGUUGACAAGAGUCAUCAAGAAUGUUCCAACCUUAAGAUGAUGUCUCAUCUUGAUGAAGGUCAAGAAGAGGUUGAUGCUGUUUGUGAUGGAGUGGAGGGGCAGGUUGAUACUAUUGGAGAUGGAGAGGAGGUUGUCCCAUAUCAAUCAGAUUCAAAUGGAAAUGAAGACAUGGCUGCUGAGGUUCAAGACAACAUAUGUGUUGAAGUUCACCAAGCAACAACUCUUAUGCACUUAGGAUCAUUAGAAAAAUUCAAAGAUCAGUCUGGUGCUGAGAUGGGGCAAGGCUUUAUUGUUGAUAUGUUUGGUGUAAGUGAGGUUAUAAGGAGACUGAUGAAGAUGGUGAUGACGGGCAACUAGAGUAUGCAAUGGGGAAAAUAUGGGCUGAAUCUAAAGUAAUUGCACAACUCAUUCCCAAAACUGGAAGUUUUUUUUCUGCAGUACUUCUCGGGGAUGUUUAUAUAUAUAUAUAUAUAAAAAGGUGUGACUGCAAGUGUGAGUGUUGGAAGCAAGUGGCAGUAUGAGUCCAGCUAUUGCAAUCUUAUCAUUCUCGUGGAAGAUGAAUGGGAAAUUUCUGGAAGAAAAAGGAAAAGAGUUAAGACAUGGAAUAGUAUCUUGAAAUAACAAGCAUGGGAAAUUUUGAGAAAGAAAAGAAAAAAAGUGAAGUCUUUAUCAGUUAAAAGUUCAUUCUUCCAGCUGAAGAUGAGGAAGCCCCUGAACUUUCAGUCGAACUCUAUGGACUGUUUAUAUGCUACAUAGGACUGUUAUCAGCCAAAGGGUGUUACAGAUGAGGACUAUCACCGAGGAUAGUCAACCAGUCUUCGUUCAGUGGACUUUACCAGCUGAAGAUGCAACUUGGAAGACUAGAACCUUCAUUCAGACUCAGUUUUCAGAAUUCAAGAAUUCUUGGAUUCAUGGGGAGGGUAUUGUUACAUAUAGGAGAACAGGGUUUAGGAAGAUAUACUUUCGGGGUGAAAAUAGUAAUAGUGGAAUAAAUAGGUGGUUAAGUAAAGACAGCUGGAAUUUAGUUAAAGAUAGUUUGUUAGGAAGAAGCAAAUAGCCGGGAACAGUUAUUUCUUUACAGGAAUACCUGUUUAUAAAGAAGUUUGUAUGAAAGAAGACUCAUGCAAGAAUCAAUAUUGAAAUAUCAUCCUCUCUCUCCAUUUCUUCUCGCUCUCUGCUUCUUCCUCGGUCCUUCCCUUCUUUCACAUUUCUCUGAAGUUUGUAUACUUUCUGGAAUUGAGAAUUUUGUUCCACAAAUCAAGCUACCCAUAAAAUAUUGUUGGAGAAUAUUUCUACAGUCUUCUGUUUUCUUGCAAUCAAAUUAUAUGCUGAAAUUACCACAAUUGUCUCGCUGGGCUUGUAGGAAUUCUAUCCUGUGUACUGUAACAUUUAGUGGGGUAUUGUGUGUAAUUAAUAUCUUGGGAGCAUGUCUUGGUGCAUAUAUUUUGUAAAGGGACAUUUUUAUGCCAUUUUGACCAUAAGCUUUUUGUUUUUUUCCCCUUCUCUUUGUAGUAAGGAGGCCCAGUUAGUCUUGGGCUGUAUAAUUGUAGUUAAUCUGUACCCAUAGUCUCCCCAAGCAGCCUGUGCCUAUGCGUUCAAAUUGCUGUCUAUGCAUUGAAUCCAUUGCUAAAUUGUUUAGUGUUGUUGUAAAUGUGCUUAGAUUAACGUGUGUACAUGCUCAUGCUUUUCAACUUGGAGCAUUCUUUAAUUUGUGAAUAGUGCCAUAUUUUGUGAAUUCAUGCUCGUUUUGUGUUAUUU